AUGGCGGCUCCGACUCAAAGCGAGGAGAUCAAGAAGAAUGAUCUGCCUCCGUACGAUCUCGAGGAUCUGAAGGCUGUAAACGAGGGCAAUGAGCCGGAUGCUUUUGGCGAUGAGGCCCACGCGGAGGUCAAGUAUAAGACGCUGAAGUGGUGGCAAUGUGGAAUGUUCAUGAUUGCAGAGUCCGUCUCGCUGGGUGUCUUGUCCCUGCCUGCAACGCUGACUGCGCUGGGCCUGGUGCCCGCCAUCAUCCUGAUCGUUGGACUCGGUAUCCUUGCGCUCUACACCGGCUAUGUCAUCGGCCAAUUCCGCGAACGUCACCCCACGAUCCACAACCUGGCUGAUGCGGGAGAGAUUCUGAUGGGUCGGUUCGGUCGCGAGCUCUUCGGUCUCGGUCAGAUUCUGUUCUCCAUCUUCAUCAUGGGCAGUCACAUUGUCACGUUCACGGUGAUGAUGAACACGAUCACCGACCAUGGUACCUGCUCGAUGGUGUUCAGUGUGGUCGCGUUUGUGAUCUGUCUGGUCCUGUCGCUUCCGCGCACCAUCAAGAAUCUGACCUACAUCUCUUGUGCUUCAUUCUUGAGUAUCUUCACGGCUGUGAUGAUUACCAUGAUUGGUGUGGGUGUGCAGUACAAGGGAGGACAGAACAUCAGUGUGACCACCGAUACGAACUUGUAUCACGCGUUUAACGGUGUCACCCAGAUUGUGUUCGCCUACUGCGCCCACGUGGCCUUCUUCGGUCUGAUCGCAGAGAUGGAGGAGCCCAAAGACUUCACUAAGGCCUUGUGUCUGCUCCAGGGUUUCGAGAUCGCCCUCUAUGUCACCGCUGCGAUUGUCAUCUAUUACUAUGUGGGUAAUGGUGUCGACUCCCCCGCUCUUGGUUCGGCUGGUCCGGUGUUGAAGAAGGUCGCCUACGGCGUUGCCAUCCCGACGAUUGUCGGCGCGGGUGUGGUCAAUGGUCACGUUGGCUUGAAAUAUAUCUACGUGCGCAUCUUCCGUCACUCCGACCGCAUGGGCAAGCGUGAUUUCGUCGCUGUUGGCUCUUGGAUUGCCAUUGGUGUCACCUGCUGGGUGAUCGCCUGGAUCAUCGCGGAGGGCAUUCCUUCCUUCAGCAACAUUGUCAGUUUGAUCAGUUCCCUGUUUGCCUCUUGGUUCACCUAUGGCCUGUCGGGCGUGUAUUGGCUGCACAUGAAUUGGGGACAAUGGUGGUCGUCUCCGCGCAAGAUCGCGCUGACCAUCAUCAACAUGCUGAUUUUCUGCAUUGGUGCCAUUAUUUGUGGUCUGGGACUGUACGUGUCUGGUAAGGCGAUCCAUGAUGACUCGUCCAAGUCGAGCUUCUCCUGCGCCAACAAUGCGAUCUAG